UUAGCACGGUCAUUUCCGAUUCCUUAUAUAUCGCUACCUGGCAGAGUUGAAUUUUGAACUUUUCCAAUAUUGUAGGAGUUUUUUUUAAUGUUUUUGAACAAAGUGUUUUGACUUAAUUACACUUUAAAUACAUUUAAGGUAAUCUGUAAACUUGUCGAAACCUUCACCGUGAAUACCCUGCGAAGUCUUCACUUUUGACAUUUCAAAUGAUAUCCAUGCUUGGAAGUAAUUGAAUGCCCAAGAUGAUGAUUUCAGUCAGGGCACUUGUGUUCUUGGGGCUCUGUCAUGCUGGAUGGAGGAGUCUAGCCUCAGGUCCAGAACUCAGAGAUCCACCCAAGAGAAUAGCUGUGAUUGGAGCGGGCAUCGGUGGCACAGCAACGGCUUACUUCCUGAGACAGGAGUUUGGGGCAGCAGUGAAGAUCGAUGUUUUUGAGCCAGGCACUGUAGGUGGCCGACUGGCCACCCAGAACAUUGGGGGCCAUGAAUACGAGACGGGGGGCGCAGUUAUCCACCCCCUGAACUUGCACAUGAAGCACUUUCUUGACAGACUCGGUCUUUCUCAGAGAACAGAUGUCCCUGGAAAAAUGGCGAUCUUUGAUGGGAAGGAGAUCAUCUUCGAAGAGAGCGACUGGUUUAUAGUUAAUUUCCUGCGUCUGCUUUGGCGGUAUGGGUUCAACUUCCUGCGGAUGCAGAUGUGGGUGGAAAGUGUUUUAGACAAGUUCAUGAGAAUCUACCAGUACCAGCAAUUUGGCUACUCCUUCACCAGUGUGGAGAAGCUGCUGCAUGCAAUGGGUGGUGACAGCUUCCUUACCCUAUCCAAUCAGACGCUGGAGGAGGCAAUGUUGGGGGAGGGCUUUUCUCAGAGUUUCCUCAAUGAAGUCGUGGCACCAAUCACCCGCGUGAACUACGGCCAAAGUGUCCGCAUCAGUGGUUUUGCGGGAGCUGUUGCUCUCGCAGGGGCAGACUCCGGUCUGUGGGCAGUGGAUGGAGGCAACAAGAAGGUGUGCUCAGGUCUCCUGUACCACAGCAAGGUUGACCUCAUCCAAGCACGGGUCACUGCUGUCUCCGUCAAGCAGCGACAGUCUAAAGCAGGCACCACAGCCAGCCUUUACGAAGUGAACUAUGUUGGGGACUCUGGCUCCGCCCAUUCCCUGUAUGACAUAGUGUUUGUGGCCACACCCCUCCACCAAGGAAAGUCAGACGUGGCCUUUUCUGGCUUCUCCCCUCCCAUCCCCUCCCAGUACCCUGGGCGCUACCUCCAGACCGUCACCACGCUGGUCCAUGGCCGCCUCAACGUGUCCUACCUGGGGACGUCUGAGAAGCCUUCUGCCUUCAGCGUGUCGGAAGUCCUCACUACGGACGCCAAGGGCUCCGUCAUCAACAGCCUGAGCUCCAUCGACCCGGUUCACGUCCCGCCGGGCUACUCGCGCCCCCCGGCCAGCGUCGACAAGGUCUGGAAGGUGUUCUCUCCACAGCCUCUGUCCCAGCAGCAGCUCCGUGCCAUGUUCCUGUCGUGGGACUCCACAUCGGAGGUGAAGUGGCAGGCGUACCCCUCUUACAGCGCGCCCAGCCGCGCCGCCCCUCCAUUCAUCCUCCACGACCGGCUGUACUACCUUAGCCCCGUGGAGUGGGCCGCCAGCGCCAUGGAGAUGAGCGCCAUCUCAGCCAGGAACCUGGCACUGUUGGCACACCACCGCUGGCACUACCAGCCGGGCCGGAUGGACCAGGAGGACCUGCACACGCGGCUGAGGGGAGAGCUGUGAGGAGAGACGGGGGAGGGGGAGCAGAGGCAGAGAGGAGUGAAUCGGGAGGAAGCGCAGUGAUGUCUAUUCCUGUCAGGUGAAGGAGUCUGAGGCGUUCUGUCCGAGGUUGGCGCCUGCGCCUCGUUCACAGCGGCGGCUUCUUCAGAAGUGGCAGCGAAGGGGGAAUGUUUUGCUGCACUCACCCGUGGUGAAGCUGUUGCUGUGACUGAGGUGUGACAUUAGAGAUUUUUAUUGACCCACUUACUGUUUUGUGUGAUUUGACUUGGAAAAAGUCAACUGAAAUAAAAUCCACAGCAAACAUUAGCCCAUAUUUUUCAGCAGGUAAUGCUGUGGUACUUUGCUGAAUAGUAGUCACUGUGACCGCAGCAUCACUGCUGUACUGCAGGGUGAAAGGAAAAGGAUAGUAUAAUGCAUUUACAUAAUACAGGUGUUGAACAUACAGGGCACUUUGGUUUUCAAUAUGUAGUUGCUCUAGGACUUUACUGCUAACUUCUCCCUUUUGAAAUGAGGGUCAUAUAGUACAUCUGGAAAAUGUAGCAUGUGACCAAAAAAUGACAUCUGUAGACCGGCGUCUCCCCCCCUCUGUCUCAAGCUCUAUAUUUCCAGGGUAAUGUUUUAAAGGUUGUAAAGAAAAUUGGUUGUUGAAAUGGAUGGGUUUUAACAAUUCUCUUGCAAGCAAAAUUGGCUAAUGGAUCAUUGCGAAAUUGUAAGAGCUGCUCUUAGACACUGUGCACCCUGAAAUGUCUGGAUACACCACAAACUGGGGUAUAUUGGCAAAAUCGCACAAACCCCCGAGAUGCCUUGUUACUGUUAUCAACCGAUUAACAAUACAUUUUGAAUAGUGAAAAGCUAUGUGAUGUCAUACAUCUGGCAUGUGAUCCCAUGUACCAAGGAUUUUCGACAGUCAAAGUUCAGAAUUCGAUCCACCCGGUUUGCAGUUCUUAAUAGAGCCAUGAUGAACAAACGCCUUUACUUUUAAAUGGUUAUCAAAUGGAUGAAAUAUUGAUUUAAUGUAAUGGAAGCCACCAUGUUGUCUUUUUGUACUGAUCAUUCAAUGUACAAAAUGUACUGUAAUUGUAUUAGCAUAUUUCUAAAUAGUGCCUUUGAAGAUACUACGCAAUCGUCUUAAUGUUUAGAAACCAGCCUUUUUACAAGCUUUCAGAAAAUAAUAAUUUGGUAAGUUUUUGUUAUCUACGUGAUGGACAAAUUGUGCUAUGAAACUCAUCUUCCAGGGGGACCAAAGUAUAUUAUAGAAAUAUUAAGUAUGUCUAUUUCACUGAGUGACAAUUAUCACAAAGUAUGGUUUUCUAUUGUGGGAGGACAGUAACCAAUUUUUCUGUCAUUGGUAUAGAUUAACUUUGAUAACCAUAGUUGGAUUAGCUUUACUAAUGCGCUUUUUAGGGGUUUCUAUAAGGUUUUUAUAAUGUUAGAGAUGCUGUACAACUAUAAUAGAUAGGGUACUAUAAUAUAUAGAAAAAUAUGACUAAUACAAAGCAAAGUUCCUGACAGAAAACUAUAUUGAUGGAAGAGGACGAGUAUUUUGAGUAAAGUUGUUGUUUGGUACAGAGUGAAAGACACUUUUUUUUUUUUUUUUUUUGAUGUUUUAUGUUUUCUUUGUUUUCAGGAAAAUGAAAAUGUUUCCAUAUUGUUUUGUCAAAUUUGAAUAACGAGAGUCUUGAAAUUAAUGUUUACAAUAAUAAUAAAUAAGUGGCACAGUG